AUGGUGGGCACUCGCCUCAGAGCUAGAACCAGAGCUCGCACAGCGGGCGCUCCUGUGAUGUCUGAUGCCUCCACCCAGACGGAAAUGGCAACAAAGCAGACGUCAGUACAGGGCGCAGCUUGCAGUGAGUGUCCAGGCGCUUCUUCUGGAGCACUGGUAAGGGCCUGCACAAGAAGUAGGCAAGAUGAGGAGCUGAUACAUCAGGUGGCUGAGCUGCAAGAAACAGUAAAAAGGCUACCCAGUAUCAGAGGAGCUGAGUUGGAGAUAGUUACACGGUUGCAGAACCAUGCUCCUGUGGAGACCACCAAUGAAAAUGAGGCACCUUGGACCCUGGUGACCCGCAAAAGCAGGACUGCGCUCCAGCCUCCAUCCUCCAGCAUAACUACCAAAACCAAAUAUGAAGCUUUAACAACUAUAGACCCCCAGGAGCAAAAUCUGCAAGAGAAAUCUACACCAGCAGCGGGUACCAUAAAAAGAAACGACAGGAAUGUUGUCAAAGCACGCAGAGAUGCAACGAGGAAGGCUAAGGUCCACCUGGAAUUAGAUCUGGCAAGGGAUGUCAAGGACAACAAGAAGAGCUUCUUCAAGUACAUCAGCAGCAAUCAGAAGACUAGAGAAAAUGUGGGGCUGCUGCUGAACGAGGAGGGUGUUCUGGUGACGGAGGAUGCAGAGAAGGCAGAACUACUGAAUGCCUGCUUUUCUUCAGUCUUCAGUGCUAAGGCUGGCCCUCAGGAAUCCCAGGCCCUGGAGGUAAGAGAGGAAGCCUGCAGAAAGGAUGACCUUCCCUUGGUCGAGGAGGAUAAUGUGAGAGAUCACUUAAGCAAUCUGGAUGCCCACAAACCCAUGGGCCCCAACGGAAUGCACCCAUGAGUGCUGAGGGAGCUGGCAGAUGUCAUUGAUGAGCCACUAUCCAUCAUCUUUGAGAGGUCCUGGAGGACAGGAGAGGUGCUCAAGAACUAGAGAAAAGCCAGUGUCACUCCAGUCUUCAAAAAGGGCAAGAAGGAGGACCCAGGGAACUACAGGCCAGUCAGCCUCACCUCCAUCCCGGGAAAGCUGGUGGAACAGCUCUUUCUGGAUUUCAUCAUUAAGCAAGUGGAGGAAAUGAAGGUGAUCAGGAGUAGUCAACACGGAUUCACCACAGGGAAAUCACGCUUGACCAAUCUGAUAGCUUUAUAUGGUGGCAUGACAAGCUGGAUAGAUGAGUGGAGUGCAGUGGACGUUGCCUUCCUCGACUUCAGCAAGGCUUUCGACACUGUCUCCCAUAACAUCCUCACAGUGAAGCUCAGGAAGUGUGGGCUAGAUGAGUGGAUAGUGAGGUGGAUUGAGAACUGGCUGAAUGGCAGAGCUCAGAGGGUUGUCAUCAGCGACGCAGAGUCUAGUUGGAGACCUGAAGCUAGUGGUGUUCCCCAGGGGUCAGUACUCGGCCCAGUCUUGUUCAACUUCAUCAGCAACCUGGAUGAAGAGUUAGAGUGUACCCUCAGCAAGUUUGCUGAUGACACAAAACUGGGAGGAGUGGCUUAUACACCGGAGGGCCGUGCUGCCUUUCAGUAAGACCUGGACAGGCUGGAGAGUUGGGCAGAGAGGAACCUGAUGAAAUUCAGCAAGGGCAAGUACAGGGUCCCAAUACACCAGUGCAGGCUCGGGGCAGACCUUCUGGAGAGCAGCUCUGUGGAGAGGGACCUGGGUGUCCUGGUGGAUGACACGUUGACCAUGAGCCAGCACUGUGCCCUUGUUGCCAAGAAGGCCAGUGGCAUGCUGGGAUGCAUUUGCAUUCAGAAGAGUGCGGCCAGUAGGUUGAGGGAGGUUCUCCUCUCCCUCUACUCAGCCCUAGCACUGGAGGCUGUUGUUAGGCCGAUCUUAAAGCCAUCCCUUCUACAGGCUGAAGCAGCUUAG